AUGGCCAAACCACUUUCAGAUGAAGAAAUUGCUAUUUUUAAAGAAGCAUUCGAUUCAUACGUGGUAAGUUUUUUGAAGCGACGUAUUGUGUUUUUUGAACUAAUGACUAUUCCAGGUAACAUUACCGUGGAAGAAUUUGGCCAUGUGAUGAAAGAGUCUGGAAAAGAUAUAAGUGAGGAAGAACUUGCACAGAUCAUUAAAGAAGUUGACAUCGAUGGCGAUGAGUUCAUUGCAAUGAUGACCGGCCGAACGAGACAAAAGAAGGAAGAUCUUAAGUCUAUUGAAGAUGACUUGCGGGCAGAGUCUGCACCGAUUCCUGUAGCAAGUGAAGAAGAUAUCAACUUUGGAGAAAGCUUUGACGAAGAUCCAGAAGAAGAGUGGAAAUCCGCAUGGAAAGAAUUUGAUCAUUCCCUCAAUGGUUCCAUUACUGCGGCGCAAUUGAGACAGAUCUUUGGAAAUUUGGGAGAGUCUAUAACUGAUUCGGAGAUAGAUAAUGAUAUAAUGAAGUCGGUUGAUGCGGAGGAUAAGAUUAGUUGGAGUUUGUAG